AGUACAGCCUAUAGACCAGCUGUUACUGUAAUAUAAUUUGAGUGUAGUCUGUGUCUGUUUUCAAGUGUUUUCUAGUUACUAUAUACUUCUUGUUCUACUUUUUCCUACACGAGGGGUGUUCUCGCGCACGUGAGUUCUAAAAAUACACCCUCAGCUGUCGUUUGCGAAACUUCAAGUUUCCUGUUGAAGACGGCCGUAGAGAAAUGUUCUUCGUCUGAAAGAACGUCAUAAGAUCGAUACCGUAUAGCGUUAUCGAAGGACUAAAGUCUGUUGUUAGUAUCAAGCUAUGGACUUACAGCCUAACGCCAAUCUAUGUCGUUUCUACGUUUACUUUUUUGACUUUUUUCACAACAAAUGAAGCAUGUAGCGGCCAGACCAGUAUCAAAGCAUUCAGCGAUAAAGAUAGACGACGAAGAGAAGCGACUAUACGAGGUUUUAACGGCGGUGAGAGGUUUAAACUAUUAUCAAGAGACACGUCUCUAAUGAGAUUACUUUUAUUCUACGUGUAUUAACAGAUAAUCCACCAGUGUUGUGUUUUGUUCGAUAAUCGGCUUAAAGCCUAUUAAAACAGGUGCCCGACAGGAUUUGUUGCCGCACGUUUUCGGAUGUGUUUUAACAUAUUUAAUUGUUGUGUAAAGUUUGUAGCCGGUCGCUCGGUUUAUUAAUAAGGGUAUGAUAAUGGUUCGUGAAAGAUAAGGCACUGAUAGGUGGAAAGGAUCGCUGUAUGAAGAAUUUCGCAAAUUCAUCAGUUUAUGUAUAUUUUUGGACGUCAUCGAAAACAUGGCUCCCUGGUAUUUUAUCGUUGUUGUGAUGCUGUCAGGAUGGGUUUCCAUUGUUUCUCUAGAGGAAUUUGCUGACUUUAAGGCCACUGCUGCUCCCACGGAACCCGCUGCCAAGGCAUUGCAUUUUGAUAUCAUGAAGAAACGUAAUUACAACAAACUAAUAAAGCCAUCAAGUGGACCUCAGAGUAAGCUGACAGUAAAAUUAGGCCUGCGACUGUCUCAGUUGAUUGACGUGAGUGAAAAGAAUCAGAUUAUGAUAAUCAGUGUGUGGUUGAGACAUGAAUGGUAUGAUGGAAGAUUGAAAUGGAACCCUGAUGAUUAUGGUGGUGUAGAUAAAUUACAUAUUCCAUCAGAUGAUCUGUGGAGACCUGACAUACUUCUAUACAAUAAUGCUGAUGGUGAUUUUGUGAUAACGUUAUUAACUAAAGCUACCGUAUAUAAUACGGGUAGAAUAGUCUGGGAACCGCCCGGUAUUUAUAAAAGUUACUGCCCAAUUGCCAUGGCUUACUUUCCUUUUGACAUGCAAGAAUGCUUUCUCAAGUUUGGUUCCUGGUCAUAUGACGGUACGGAAGUGGAUUUACAACAUUUCUGUGAUGGAAUCGAACAGCCUGGAGGUGAAAAAAUAAUCCUGAAGGGAAUAGACAUCAAAGAUUUCUAUUUCAAUGUUGAGUGGGAUAUAAUAAAUGUUACGGCCAGACGAAAAGUGAAAUUUUAUCCUUGUUGCCCCGAGCCUUAUCCGGAUAUAACGUUUAACGUUACUAUAAAAAGGCGAACCCUCUUCUACACUUUAAACCUUAUAAUGCCAUGUAUAUCAAUAUCUUGUUUGACAAUAUUGGUGUUUUAUUUACCUUCCGACAGUGGAGAAAAAAUUACAUUAUCUAUCAGUAUUUUACUGGCAUUAACUGUGUUCUUCCUUUUACUUUCUGAUAUUAAUCCGCCAACAUCAUUAGAGAUUCCGUUAAUAGGAAAGUAUUUAUUGUUUAUUAUGUUAGUAGUGACUAUGUCUAUAUUUUUGACGGUCUAUACGUUACACAUACAUUUUAAAACUCCGACAACACAUAAAAUGUCGCCUUGGGUUCGGAGAGUGUUUACUGAUAUUCUUCCACGGAUUCUGCUCAUGCGCAGACCGGAAUUUAAUCGCAAAAAAGGGAAAGUAGCAGUUCGAACGUGUAAUGGUAUAGAAAUGAGAGAGACCGAAUCACGCGAAUGGAACACCUUUGAAAAUGUUCAUCCGCCACCACCUGAGCUGGAACCUGACUUCAGUGUGGAUGUUAAUUGUACCAGUAAGUAUUCACCUGGUGUCAUGGAGGCCUUGACUGGUGUAAAGACAAUAGCAGAUAAUUUAAGAAAAGCAGAUGAAGAAAAUGCGGAAGUAAGAGAUUGGAAGUAUAUUGCUAUGGUGAUGGAUAGAUUAUUUUUAUAUAUAUUUACAACAGCGUGUUUUACUGGAACACUUAGUAUAUUUCUUUAUGCCCCAUCUCUAUACGAUCCCAGAUUACCUUUAAAUACCUCCGAUACAUCGGGAAUAUGUGUGUAUUAAUAUGUGUAUAUUAAUAUGUGUAUAUUAAUAAACUUUCUUUUAACCACGAGUGUUCGAUUUAACAGAUGUAUCAUGUUCAAUUUAUUACUGAAACAGAUAACAAUGAGAUGAAGAUUUUGUAAAGAAAAAAAAAAGUUUUUUUGGUUCAAAAUUUCAGGGAUUUUAGCUUAAACAAGCAUUGCAUUUGAACACCCAUGGUUAUCAGUCUUACCAGCAGGUCGAUAUUGUUAAAUUUUUUGAUAAAUUAUUAAGAAUUCGGAUUAAAAUCGCUAAAAACAAUACUUUUGUGCUCACACAAAUUACCAAUGUUCUAAACAUGUUUUAUUAAUUUAUUAUUAUUAUGGGGUGGGGUAUUGUUUUUGUUUAAAAAUGUUUGCCAAAUCUGUACCACUAUAUAUAUUAAGCUGAUAAUAUUAUAUAGCACUAUUCUUCUGUAAUUAUUUGAUAUUUGCUGCCGGUUUUGUCGAGUCGAAUCCCGUAUGGAACAGCAUGCUUGGAAUUUCUAAUAAGUCGUUAAGGACACGGUGUAAUGGGUUCUUUAUAUCUAGAAUAUUGAAUUCGUAAAUGGUCACCAAUAAUUUCUUGGUCACCCACUAACCGAUUUUCAUUUCCAUAUUAAAAGUGGAUUGCCUAUCGCCUACUAGUCUACUACGUCACUUAAUGUUCUCGGAAUACAAUAAGGGCCAUGGGAUCAUAUUUUGUGACACGUUUAAUGCAUUUGGUUAGCGUAAUCAACUGAUUGGGUAUAUUUACGAAGAAUAAGAUGGUGGGUAUUAUUAAGAACCCCAGUUAUAUGAACAUAAUGAAGACGGGUAUCUACAAUAUGACGAGAUGGAACUUGAACCCCUUCAAACCUAAUCGAUUGUUCCGGGAUUGAUUUAGACAACACAAUCGACAAACCGAGAUCAAUAUCGUAUCUUUUAUUUAAUUUGGCUGAAAACUGACUUUAGCAUCAUUUGUCUAUAUUUCCAUUUCUCAUCAUCUUUAUAUAUAAACAUAAAUGAACUGUAUUUAUAUAUUAUUUGUAUAUUAACAAUAUUUAUUUGUAAAGUGAUAAUAUGUAAAUGAUAAAGGAUAUAUUUGUUAUUUAAAUUAUUACCAAAUCAAUACAGUUAUUUAUUAAACCAUUUUAAUAUAAUGUUAGAGAUAUGGAACCCAGUUUUUGUUUGCUGCUGACUUAUAUAUGCUGUACGAAUUGCUUUGUCAUUAUCCGAAUGCUUAUUUUAAUUGUACAGAAUCACAACAUCGCCUUUUAAGAUGGUGUUCAGCAAAGUAUUGAAACUCUGCAGAAGAAUAAUUCCAUACGUAUAAUAAGCAAUGUUGCACAUAAAUUUAUAUUUCACACUUUUUGAAUAUUCAGAUAUUUUUUCAUUAAAAGGUAUCUUUUUUGGUUGGUAAAGGGAGACUUUUGGUUACCAUUUGUAAUGGGUGAAUCCCAAGGGUAUAUAUAGUCUCUGUACGUCAUUUGCAUUUUUCGGAUUAAUUCACGUUAAAUUGUACUCAAAUUGAUUAUUUAACAUUUAGUUAAGAAAAAUAUCAACGGUUAAUAAUCUCCAGGCUUGAAUUCAAUCUGAUUAAAAAAGAGGCCCAUCAAAAGAUUUUAGCAGAGAUUAUAUAGGUGGUGCUGCCUUUGACAUAUCCCGUAUACAUCGUGUGCAGGGGGUGGCGAAUGUUGACAAAUUUCAUUUCAUCAGAACUUUUUAACUGUUAUUCCUUUUAAAGACCCAACUUUCACAAUAUUGUAGUUUGCAAGUGAUUCCCGAAUCCCUCAAAUGACGUUCAGAGACUCUAUCGUAUGUGCUUAGAAAAUAGAAAAUGGCAUAAGAUUUAAAGAACUAUAUUAUGUGUUUGAAUGAACGAUCGAAUUAUCUUGGGUAUUACAUUAAGAAAAUUCCGUUUAUUUGACUUAAACCAUGCACAUAAUAAUCCUUAAGUGUGAGUGGGGAUCUCAAUAUGCUUCUGUCAAAAUAUUCAAAUUCGGGUGGCAGUUGUCGUACGAUAUGCAGGCUUAACCAAAAUACCCGAUACCUCUUCUAUCGUCUAGCCUAAUCCGCUUCAUAGACAUAACUUGGUGGGGUUCCUCCUAUAUUUCGAUUUAAUCUGCUUGUGAUCGAUUGCUAAUGGAUUUUAAAAGUUAAACGUACGAUAAACAAUUAAAAUUUCCUUAUUCGUUCUUUUAUUUAAGAAAUUCCAAUCUGUAUUUCUUUCUCUCAGUAAAAUAGUCAAACUAAUGGACUUUACAGUCAUUUGUUAUCAUUGCAGUUCGGUGGUAGACAUAUUGUUAUAAUGCUGCUUUAAUGAGUUCUGUACCAUUAAACCUCCAAGCUUUCUAGCAAAGGCGGUUUAAUUAUCUGUGGAUGUUGUCCUUAAAGGCAAUCCGUGACCGAGAGUUGUAUGGUGCUUCCAUGUUUAAUAAAGUUUUGUUAUAAUAUGCAAAUAAAGUAUUAUUAGUUAUUUCAAA